AAGACCCGGGAGCUGGUGAGGUUCGAACCCUUGACCCUCUGGAUCAAGGCAAGGCCUCGUUUCCACUAGGACAGCUCUUACACUCUGGUUCAGACUUUUUAUAUCAGUGAUCCGGAUUUUUAGUGUCCAGCUUUGCAAGUAAGCUGAAUGGAUACAGAUGAAGAACUGAAACAUAUGUGCAAAUUGUGCUACAAGAGCUUCCCUUGUGGCAGAUCAUUGGGAGGGCACAUGAGGUCUCAUGUCAUAUAUACAUCUGAUCUAGGUGAUCACCAAGAGAAGCUGCUUCAUAAGAAGAAGCUGUCUUUAAUCGAUUAUGAUAACGAUUCUGUUAUUAAUGAUGCAGCUGGUUAUGGUCUCAGAGAGAAUCCUAAGAAGACAUGUAAAUUUGAAGAUUUAAGUGAAGCUGGUUUGCUCCGUGACAAGAUUUGCAAAGAAUGUGGUAAAGGAUUUCCGUCCUGGAAGGCCUUGUUUGGUCAUAUGAAGUGCCACUCUGAUAAAUUAAUUCGAACUCGAAUGGAGGAACAAGGUUCAGAGACUAAUGGUGAUCAAUCAGACCAUGAAACCCCUCCAAGUCGGAAAAAGAGGACAACGAGAAAUAUCAGACGUCGUGACAAUUGUAACAUAGCAAGUGCUGCUACAACAGCUUCGUCCUCGUUAUCUUUUAAUGCAAAUGCUUCAUCAUCUUUGUCCGGGGUUGAGCAAGAACAGGAGGAGGUUGCCAUGUGUUUGAUCAUGCUGUCGAAUGAUGUCAGUCAUUGGAAUGGUUUGAAUUCUGUUGGGGAGUCCUCUGGUAACAAUUCUGAGCUGCUGGAAACUAAGAAAUCAGCAAGUCUCUGCGGUGAGCUUGUCAACUUUAAAAAGCCAAGUAAAGGGAAGCCAGAGUUUGAAUUGGAACCUCAGAUGAAGAUAUCAGAAAUGAAGGUUCUAAAUGGCGAACUGGAGACAUCGCCAGAGGCUGAGAUAUCAGAUUUUCAGGAUUCUAUUUCGGGAACUGGAAAGAUUUUGCUCAAGGAAAAUGAAUAUAAUCAUAAACCUGAUUUGGCUUCCAAGAAGAAACACAACUCAAGAAAGAGAAGAAGUCGCGAAUUGUUCAAUUCUGAUAUGGGAACUAACUACUCAGAAAUGUACAGCGAAAAUAUUGAGAAAAUGAACAAAUUUGAGUGUGCCUCUUGCCAUAAGGCCUUCCAUUCGUACCAAGCUCUAGGAGGCCAUAGAGCAAGUCACAAGAAACACAACGGAAGCUGCUAUGAUUCAAAAACCGAUGGCAAUGAAAACAACACCGGGACUGGUAAAAGUUUAUCCCAAAACCAAAAUGCUGACAAAAAUGGCCCAAGUGAACAGAAAGUCGUAGCAGACACAAGUAAUGGGAGAAAGAAGCUGGUAACCACUGGAGUAUCACACGAAUGCUCAAUUUGCUUCAGAGUUUUCUCAUCCGGGCAGGCUUUGGGUGGUCACAAGAGAUCACACUUGAUCGCUGAUGCAAAAAACAAUCAGAGUACCAGUACUAGCACUGUAAUUGAUCACAAACCAGUUGUGGAAACCCGCAACUUCCUUGAUCUCAAUUUGCCUGCUCCCAAUGAAGAAACUGACACUUCUGAACUUGAAUUCAAUCCGUGGUGGAUCGUAAGCAACCACAGGCAUGAUUCCUUCCUCAAUUUCCUCUCAAAGUGAUUAAACAAUCAAAAAUUCACAGAUACAUUCAUUCUUUAGUCUUUACUUAUCUUUCUGCAACCUGCAUUCGACAUUACACACUAUUCUUUCAGCUUCUUUCAACCUCAGUAGCUGUAAAAUUUUUAUCCGGAAAAUAUACAAGCUCGGUAG